CAACGUGUCAUUGAGAUUGUACGCGUUGCAUGAAAUCUAGUUGCCAACACUAUUCACAGCUUUACGUUCACUGUUGUUCCACUUUAUAAUUUCGAGAGUCAAAUUACUAAAGUUAUCAGUCGUCGCUGUGUUAUCCUGUAUUGAAGCACUUAAAUAACAAAAAUGCCGCCUUCUCCAAGCUCUACAUCUGUAGGAUCUGGUGGUCGCUCGCCGAGCAAAGCUACAACUGCACCUCGAUCAUCCAGUGGUGGCACAGUUCGCCAGCGCAAAUCUACAACGACUACUACUGCUGCUAGAAAUCGCAGUACUGCUGGGGCCGGGUCUGGUGGCAUGUGGCGAUUCUACACUGAUGAUUCCCCUGGUGUUAAAGUAGGUCCAGUUCCAGUGCUAGUGAUGUCCUUACUCUUUAUUGCAUCAGUGUUUAUGCUUCACAUUUGGGGUAAAUACACAAGAGCAUAAUUUUCCAUACAAUGAAUAAAUGUCUGUUCUGAGUUAAGUAUGAGAGAAAUGGAGUGUAAAGAGUAUGGGGUUGGAUG